UGUGGAGGUCAGGUGUCUCGAUCGCAUGAGCGCAUUGGGCAAUCGCCGCGGUCCAUCGCCGUCGACAGGUCCACAGGAAGCAUCCAGCGCCACCGAGGACCUUGUGGUAACCCCGUGCAUGGGAUUACUGCGUCCUAAACGAUUCCUGCCUGAUGAAAACCAACAGCACGAUGACGGAGACGCUGUUGCCUCCCCCGCGAACAAGAAACGAGCUGUCGUCGAAGGCAGCAAGUCCGCUUCAUUUCCAACGUUGCCGUACCCAUCGUCUGCCGCACACCCUCAGUACCCUGCCACGCUACCCAGACUGAGCUUGCCUAAAAUCAACCCCGUGGUCCUCGUCUUGAAGAAGCGACCUCUCGACAUCAUUCAGGACGUCCCGCCCACAAACAUCCCACAGAACCCACCGCACCAGCAAUGUCCCCAGCAACCAAGUCGCCUGUCACAGCAUGAACAGCCCCAGCAACAAGCGCCAAAACUAACGCCACCACCACUCCAGUCCGAGAAACUCCAAUCUGUCUUGCGCGGACUCGUCCAUGUCGCGCAAUGCCCGGACGGGUGCUCCAACAAACUUUGCCAGUCCACAUCAGGAUUCGUAAGCAAGGUCCGCACCCAUCUGACGUCUCAGCCAGCAUCGCAUGACCGGUCGGGGUGUGGCGCGUGCAAAUUGUGGAAGUCGAUCGUGGACGAACACGAGAAGGACUGCCUCGACCCCCAUUGCCCCAUUCCGCUCUGCAAGCGGACGCUGUACAUGUGAGUGGCGUCAAUCGAUGCCGAUGGUCGGUGAACCCAUUGCCGACCUGUCGGAACCUCUACCCCCCCCCCACUCGUGCCCACAAAAAAGGAUUUUCUACGACGGCCCAUCCCUAGCCUCCCCGACAACCCCUGCGGAGCUUUUCGUUGCAGCCUUCCCGCCCGUAGCAAGCCAUGCCGUGCCUUUCCGCUCGCGUUGACCCGCCCAAAAACCCUUCCCCCGAAUGCCAUCUUGUCUUGAGAUGUUGGAAAGACUCGCGCGAUCCACUAUAAACAUGGUGCCGCAGUUCGAGCCGACGUUAGCCUGACGAUAACCAGCGGCAACGCCACUUGGAUGAUCCAGUUCGAUCACCAAUAUAUCCGUUAAGUUACAUGCGGCCCUUACUGCCCCUUUGCGAUCCCUCUCGAGGAGCUUUAUCGGUCGGGUCGCUGCGAUGGCCAAAGAACGGCAUGAGGUACUUUUCGUCCACUGACGUCCACAGCCCCUGCAUGCCACCGCCAUUCGUGGACAUGUCGCCACCAUGGCGCCGUCGCAUCGUCGACGCGUCGUCAUCGUCCGUCUCUUCCGUAUCGGUCUCGUCCAAGAGCUUGACCGCUUCUGGGCGAAGCGAUAGAAUCAUGGACGUUUUCGCAAGCCCUAAAGUCGUGAGGAGCGGGCCCGUCAGCAUCCCAAACACCUACGCGCAUCACAACCCGCACGAUGACUCCAACUCGUGGCGGAAGUGUGUACCAAAGUUGUGCUCAUCACAGUAAACAGUGUGCUGCUCUUGAUCACGCCAGCAUGGUCCGAGUGGAUCGUCCACACAUUCAGCGCCAGCGCAAACGCGAUUGCGCCACGAAGGCCGGAAAACCAAAUGACGACCAUGUACUACGUCGGCAGCGUCGAGUAAGGCAAGUCAGGAUCGACGUUACGCAUCAAUGCACAACAUUCCAGACGAGAUGGCGGGACACACGUACCGACAGCGGAAUCUGCUCCUUUCGCCCGACGUUGGCGAGGCCGCAGAGGGGAAACGUGUUGGCAGCCCGCGCCACGACGAGAAUGACCAAUUGCCACCCGAUGAAGGCCCAGUCCCACUUGAACGCGCCAGAGUACGCCACAACAGACACCCCCAAGUACAAAAAGAUAAAGUUCUCGGCGAGGAACGCGAGCGUGCUGAGGAGGUGGUAGUGGCUCAUCAGCACACCGCUGAAGAAGAGCGCGACGAUGCCGCUCAGCCCUGCGAGGUCGCCGACGACGUAGCUACACACGAAGGAGCGUCAAGGAUACAUGAUGUCGCAUGGUGGCCACAACAGGACGCACCUGAUGUAAGCAGAGAGAAGAAUGAUCGAGAUCUCGUAGGUCGGGUAAAGCUGCAGCGCUGGAUCGGCAUGUUUGAGCAGGAAGGCUGAGAGGAGGCAGACUACGGCAGCGAGCAAGAUCGACCCAAAUAAGAUGACAAUCACUUGGAGGAUGACAUUGGAUGCGGCGUGCGAGUUGAUCUCAUGCACGCCCUGGCGAAUCGAUUCUUGAAACAACGUGAAUACAACGAUAGCUGCCAAAUGCAAUCAAUGCACGAAAGUGACAGAGGAGUGGCGGCCAUCGACGUACCGACGCCGUCGUUCAGCACGCUUUCCCCAAACACGAGAUUGAACAGCAUGGGCGGAGCAUCUGACUUUUUGAACACCGAGAGAGUCGCAACGGGGUCCACGGCCGAGAUAAGCGACCCGUACAAAUAUGCUUCCGCAGGCGUCAGCGACGUGAUCCACCCGAGGUGACCGAGCCAAAUGAGCGCUCCUCCUGUGACGAAAGUCGCGACGAGAGUUCCAACUAUCGCGAGAAGCAAGAUGGUCGAAAAGUUGGAGAAGAAACCCUGCACAUACAACGUGCAUUACAAGCGUGGAAGGGUAUGAGAUGGGGUCGCGCACCCGCUUCUUCAUGUUGAAGCCGGCUUCGAGGAUGAUGGGAGGUAACAGGCCAAAGAACAGC